AUGCAUCCAGCGCACUCCUUGCAGGAGAUUCUCCAAGACAACGAGGCUGAGGAGUUGAAAGAGAGCCGGCUACGCGUCAAUGGUUGGCGAGGGCAGGUGGUGCAACACCAUAGAGACGGCAGAGUGCUGGUGGAGACUUUCAAAGGUCUCCGAGUGCUGGUGGCGCCCGAGAACUUGAAGGAGUUCACCCCACAACACCCAGAGAGGGGCGGCUUUCACGUGGCCUGGCCUCCCGAAGGCAGCAUGGAGUCCCUGGCUCAGUUCACUGCUACUGCAGUGGACGCCUUGGCGAAGGAUGGCUUCUGUGUGAUCCAACUUCCACUGAGGGAGGACGUGGCCCUAGACGCGGCUGUGGAGGUGAAAUGUGGCAGGUAUCGUUGGAAGCGGCUCCGGCGCGAAUUCGAGCCCGCCUACCUGGGAAGACAUCAGAAGUGCAAGACUGCAUGGCUAGAGGAGAUGGUCGAAGAGAAGGAGGAAAUGGACAGCCCUAUCGAUCCCUUGGACUUGUACUUGGCCAGAUUCACGCAGUUCCUGCUGCCCGUGGCGCCUUUUGCGUUGGACUUUGUGCCGCACAGCCGCAGCAGCGGCAUGCUACGUGUGCCAAGCAGCGCGCAGGAGGUGGGUCCCGCCGAAGCGGUGACAGACGAAGACAUUGCCAAGGGCUUGGUGGACGAACACGUCGACUAUCUGCGAAGGAGGAAACUCUGCAUGUUUCUGAUGGUUGAUGGAAGCGGCGGAGAGCUUUCCUUGUAUCCCAAGGAUGGCGAUCAGAUCACCUUGAGCGCUGAAGCUGGGCGUUUGGUGGUCUUCCGUCAUGAUCGAAUUAGCUAUGCGUAUCGACCCGACUCGGAAGAUGACCUUGUGCUUCAAGGCUGGGUGCUCACAGCGCCGGCGCAGUUUCAGAUUGCCAUGACGGAAGGAGACCAGAAGUCCAAGGAUGAGGCCUUUGGUUUGAUGGCUGGGCCCAACACCCCCGAGGGUCGCCGCAUCUGCGUCUUCGGGGUGGGCGUGUCGUUGCCGGCGGCGGCGCAGGAUCAUCUGCAAAACUACUGGUGCGGCAUUGCGGCGGGCACCGAUGGUUACGUGAAAGCGCCGAUCGAACGCUUCGACAUUGAUUUGUACACCCGAACCGGAGACAACUGGGCUCCUGGCUGGACAUACACUGUGCAUGGUGGCUUCUGCAAGGACAUUCACUCCUUUGACAAUGAGUUCUUCAACGUCCCCGAAGGUGAAGCCUGGCUGUUGGCGCCUGCCAGCAAACAGCUCCUGGAACGUAGCUAUGAGGCCUUGUACAGUUCGGGUCUACAGAGGAAGAACGUCAGAGGCAAACACAUGGGAGUCUACAUCGGUCACAGUGGUGACGACUGGAGCAUUGAUCCCCGCUUUACCUCCGGGGACACAGAAGCCCAUCGCUACGGAUAUCAGGCGAGGAAAUGGUCGUGCAUUGCAGGGCGAAUUAGUUUCACCUUGGGCCUCAAAGGACCACAGGCCCUGCUGGACACCGCCUGCUCUUCUGCUUUGGUGGCCUAUGGAGUGGGGCAUACCGCCCUGCGUCGUGCCGCCUUUGAUCAGCCCCUGGCGGGACAGAACUCGGACAUCAGCGAAGCGCUGAUGGGUGGAGCCAACAUGAUUCCAGGCCCUGGAAAUUAUAUUAACCUUUGUGGACCCCACAUGCUGUCCGUGAAUGGCCGAUGCUUCACCUUCGACAUGUCGGCAGAUGGUUUCGAACGUGGCGAAGGCUCCUCCUGCUUUCUGGCGCGAAGCGAAGAGAGCGUCCCCAGAGAUGCGCUGGCCACGGUCAUUGGUGCCUGCCUGAACCAAGAUGGCAGGAGUGCCAGCAUGACGGCGCCCAACGGUCCUUCGCAGCAGGAGUGCGUGCGCGGCUCCAUGCGCGAGGCCGGGCUCACGGCCAAUCAGAUCACCUGCUCCGAGCUGCACGGAACAGGUACAGCUUUGGGAGAUCCCAUCGAAGUGGGUGCAUUGAGAGGUGUCAUGCAGGAUCGUAAGGCACCCAUCAUGCAGACCAGCGCCAAGAGUCACAUAGGGCACUUGGAGGCUAACGCAGGGCAGGCGGGCAUCAUCAAAUGCAUGCUGAUGUGCAACUCCUGCGCGGGUACUCCAAAUUGCCAUCUCUACAUUCUCAAUCCGCACUUGGAUGUGAAUGGCUAUCCCACGGUCUUCAAUACGGAGCUGUCGGAGUAUGGCAACCAAUCUGGCUACUCGGGCGUCAGCAGCUUCGGCUUCGGCGGCGCCAACGCGCGUGCAGACGUCUUCGCGAUCGCCUCCCGCGGGCCGCGGAAGCCGGGCAAGGUGAACCUGGAGAAGGUGGACUACGUGGUGGUGCCCUGUCCCUUCGACGAGGGUCCCAUGCACUACGUGGACGGUCGUGAGGUGCCCACCAGCGGCGUGCGGAUCUUCAAGAAUCGCGGCCGUUAUCGCUGCGACAACAUUCGGGACGAGUUCGAUUUAUACGACUACAACAGCAGUCUGUACUCUGGCAAAUAUCAGAUGAGUCCACCUGAAGAAGUGGCUGCCGAUCGUCCUGACACUGGCAUGUGUAUCCUUGGCUCUUGGGAUUCCUUCUCCUCUCCCAGUGAGAUGUCCGAUGAGGGGGACUGCUGGACGUGCCUCGUGAAGCUGGGCGAGACCCGUGUGGAGCGGUUUCAGUUCCGCCUGGCCAGUGAGCCGGAGGUGGCCAUCUAUCCUUGGGUGACCAAUGGAUCGAUGAUGACCCGUGUGGUUGGGCCACAUGCUGACGCUGCGGGGAAGUAUUGGAUCAUCGAUGGCCGAGAUGAAGAAGUGCCGGCCGGAACGGUGUACCGUGUGACUCUUCACUGGGGUCUCCGACUGAAAGUCUCAUGGCAACAGGAGAAGUCCAUCGCUCUGGGUGGCGCGAUUGCGCCCAAGAGUGUGAUUGGCACCAACGCACGUCAUCGCUAUUUCGUCUUGGGAACCUGGACGAGUUGGAGCUGCUUUGAAAUGACGCCCUCAGGUGGCAGUUUCCAGACGCAGCUGCGCAUCGGCAUGAGCGGCAACGAGUACUUUCGUUUCCAGCGAGAUCAGGAUGAAGAGCAAACCAUCUAUCCGGCGAAGAGCGUCUCGGACGCUGACGCCUCGUUGGUCCCGGUGCGCGGCCCGGAUGCCUUGUGCAACGGGAAGAUGUGGCGCAUCACGGGGCGACACGGCGAAGUGGUGGCCAUCCACUUGAGCAUCAAAGAUGCCAUGGUGCAGGUCGAGGUGAAGAGCCUGACGGGGCCCUCCUGGACAGCCCAUGGAGUGACGGGUCCUGCACGUCACAGCUAUUGGGUCCUGGGAAGCUUCAACAACUGGAACCAGGAGCAGAUGCUGCCAGCAGACAGACCCGGGAUCUUCGUCUAUCGUGGAACAGCUGGACCUUGCGUGCAGCAAGAGCGCUUCAGCAUCAUCGUGGAUGAGGAUCCAGACUUAGCCCUGUAUCCUGACACUCCUGGCGGAGUUCCCCCUGGCAUCGCCAUUGUGAAAGGACCUGGUCGGGUUGAGGAUGAUCGAGAUUUCCUGCUCACCUGCCUGAAGGAAGGCGCCGAGUUUGAGAUCGUUCUAGAUUUCAAUGCGCGUGACAAGCGCAAGGUGGUACAAGUCAAUUGGCUCACUGAAGCAGUGGAUGUGGCGAGCAUGCAACGCAGCUUUCUGAACUUCUUCGGUUCUGUGUGA